AUGGCAGCGCUCGCGGCGUCUUCGCUCAACGGCGUCAAGAUCUACAACUUGUCGUCGGGUAAAACGCUGCCCCAAUGGCUGGCAGAAAAAAGCGGGAGUCGCAAAGCGCUGGCCAAGGACGAGGACUACCGUCGACGGGUGGAGCUCCUGCAGGACUUUCACUUUCCAGCCAGUUGUCAGCGUGUGCGAAUGUCUAGCGACGGGCAUUUCGUCGUCGCUACAGGAGUGUACCCACCAUUGGUCAAGGUCUUUGAUGUGCGGGAUCUGAGUCUCAAGUUUGAGCGCGGGCUCGAUGCUGAAGUGGUGCAGUUUGAGGUGCUCUCGUCGGACUUUGGCAAGCUCGCGUUCCUCCAGGCUGACCGGUCGGUUACGUUCCACGCGCCCUAUGGGGCGCACUAUAGCUUGCGGAUUCCCAAGUUUGGUCGUGAUAUGACGUACCAUCGAGAGAACUGCGAGCUGUACGUGGCUGCGUCAGGUUCGGAAGUGUACCGGAUUAAUUUAGACCAAGGCAGGUUCGUAUCGCCACUAGAGCUUCAGUCGCAAUCGUCAGCAGCAAAUGUGGUGCAAUUGAACCCUAUUCAUCAGCUACUUGGUGUCGGCUGUGAAGACGGCGUGGUGGAGAUGUUUGACUCGAGGAGUCAGCAACGGGUGGGCAGUCUGGAUGUUGCAGCGCAGUGUGCACGGUCGAAAGCAGACAAGCAGGUGGAGAUCACCGCCUUGAGGUUUGACGACGAUGGACUGACGUUUGGCGUUGGUACGUCAGAAGGACAGUGUCUGCUGUACGACUUGCGCUCGACGCGACCGUUGCUAGAAAAGAGUCACCAGUACGGACUGCCAAUUGUGAAUCUGCAGUUCCAUGACUAUGCUCGGAAGGUAAUUUCAUCGGAUGCCAAGGUGAUCAAGAUCUGGGACCGUCAAGAUGGUGCUGUGUUUACGAAUGUGGAAACGCCUGCUGCAGUGAAGGAUGUAUGUAUUGUAGAGGGCGCACAGGGAAAGUCUGGAGUGCUGCUUGUGGCUGGUGAACAAGAACGCGUGAUGAGCUACUAUAUUCCAGAGCUAGGCAUCGCUCCAAAGUGGUGUUCGUUCUUGGACUCGCUUACUGAAGAGCUCGAGGAGGAGGCACAGGCCACGGUGUACGACGACUACCGUUUCGUUACACGUGCAGAAAUUGCUUCGUUGGGACUGGAUCACCUGGUGGGCACGCCACUGCUCAAGGCUUACAUGCACGGUUUCUUCAUGGAUGCUCGUUUGCACAAAAAGGUGAAGGCUGUAACCGAGCCGUUUGCCUACGACGAGUGGCGUAAGAAGAAACUGGUCGAGAAAGUCGAGGCAAAGCAUAGCAACCGUAUCACCAUUCAACGCCGGCUGCCCACGAUUAAUCGCGCCACUGCUGAGCGCAUUUUGCAGAAUGAAGGCAAACGCAACAAAAAGAACAAUACAAAGGCGAUCAAUGUCGAAGAUGUUGAUGCCGAUAAGGCACUGUCGAACCCAUUAGGUGACGAACGGUUUUCGCGGAUGUUUACAUCGACUGACUAUGAAGUGGAUGAAGAGAGCGAGACGUAUCGUAUGCUCCAUCCGAACGCUGCCAGUUCGAAGCAGCAACAACGGAAGCAACAGGAGGAUAUGGACAGCGAUGCUGUUACUGACGAUGACGAGGGCGAAGAUGAUGACGUGGGCGGUCGUUUUGCACGCGUCGAUGAGGACGACGAUGUGGAAGUCGAAGGUCGACCAAGUGACGAAUCUUCCGACGAGGAAGAUCAGGACGAUAGCUAUAAACGGACGCAUCAAGUUGGCGCUCCAAAGGGGAGACGAAAAGGAGCCCCCAAGUUCUACGAGAUUGCCGAAGGUGAAAAGAUGGGUGAUCUGAUGACGUUUGGCUCAUCGAGGGAUCGAGCUGCCCAGCGUGAGAAGAAGCAGCUGGCUAAGGUGCCACUCGCUGAGCGACUACGGAUGCAGCGCGUUACCGAAAAGGAGCGCAGUGCAUUCAAAAAGGAGACAGCAGGUGGUGGGUACAUGCGCGAGAUGUCGUUUGUGCCUCAGGCUGAUUUAAGGAAACAGCAGCGAGCUCGUGAGCGCAAAGGUGGCGAUAUUGUGGAUGAUGGCGAUUCAGCAUUUAGCAACGGGAAGCGACGGAAGAAACGAGGUGUCGGGGACCUCAAGCUGUCGAACCCUGCAGGGCGACGUAAAAGAUAA